UUUUCGCCCACUAGAAAGCAUUUCAAAGAUAACGUCAAGAGAGCGAAACGCCGUGGUUUAAAAUGUCGAAAGGAGUAGUGAUCUUUGUGAUAUUUUUGUCUAUUCUUGCUCCACAACUGCAGCAGUUGGAGGCAAGAGCACGUCUUUGCAAGCAUAAAAGGUUAACAGAGCAGGGAACAGAAGUUGAACCAUCACCACCAGGUCCAAAUGACGAAACAGAAAACAUUAUCGACGAGCAGGGUCAAGGUGGAAGGCGAGCUGUACAGCCAGUAAAACCUCAGGCUCCAACCAAACCUCAACAACAAGGAAAACCCCCCGCACCAACCCAACCUCCCCAACCCCCCGCACCAACCCAAUCUCCAAAACCCCCCGCACCAACCAAACCUCCACAACAAGGAAAACCCCCCGCACCAACCCAACCUCCACAGCAAGGAAAACCCACCGCAGCAGUGAAACCUCCAACCCAACCUCCACAACCCCCGGCAUCGGCCCAACCUCCACAAGGGCAGCAACCAACAACAGCCAAACCAGCACAACAAGUCCAGCAACCGCCCCAAACCCAACCACCACAACAGCCCAAACCCACACCACAAACGACACCCGCACCAAAGAACAAACACCAGAAAGAAAAAUUUGUUAAAGUCGCACUGCGGCCCCCGUGGCCUCCGCCCGGGGAGGGUGUUGGCAACAUUCCAAAGCUGUAA